GGUGUUGGCAUGCUUUCCUUACUUCACUCAGUUACUUUAGUGGCCGUGAUCACCAUCACUUCAGGCUCUGAAGGAACUCCAUUACUAUGUCUCUCCCCAUCCAAUUGUGGCUGCUUGUUACGAUAUCUGCUGUGGUAGCAGAUUAUACCUCUUAUAUCCCACAACUGACUGGCAAAUCUUUUCAAGGAAGGGUGACAGCUACAACAUUUAUCCUGGACAAACCACAGUGCCUCUUCAGCCAGGACUCAACUCUUACUGUGUGGUUAAUCGUAGCUAACCAGACAGUACAAUUGGAUAACACUAAGUUGUCACAAAAUGCUCCUUAUUAUUUAUUUCCAUCCUCGGGAUACUAUCGCACCCUUCGCACCACUGCAGAUACUUACCCAUGUAACAAUGUAGCUGACUACAUUCGAGUAGGCAAUGAUGCCUCCUGCUCUGACCCUAACAACUGCAAUGGACCUUUACCUUCUUCUGGCCCAUACCGAGUUAAAUUUGUUGUUCUGAAUUCUGCAAAUGUUCUACUGGAUCAGACUGGCUGGUCUGCCCCAAUCACACUCCGCCAAGGAAAGACGUCAUCAGUAAUUGAUACAUGGCCUGGGAGACGUAGCGGGGGGAUGAUCGUCAUCACCUCCAUCCUUUCAGUCCUGCUGGCUACCUUUUUGCUUUGUCUCAUUGGGACAUUUAUUGUGGGAAGGAAAAACAUAAUUUGUUGCAAAAAGAAUGAAAACAUGGAAACCCCUGUUUUUGAAGUUCCUCCAGCUUUGAAUAUAAAGGAUUAUAAAACACAUGUUGUACCUGGAAAUCCUGAUCUUGAACUAUACGCUAGUCCUAAAGCCUAAUUGUCAGCUAUACUGAUGAUUCCUUUUCCUAUGUUUGUUUCCUAAUAGUAAUAAUAUAAAGAAACUUCCAUGGCACUAUGUCAGGUCAUAUGCAAAUUGUUCCAAUCAUAUGUUACCCAGCAUGCAGCUCAGGGGACUGCUCUGUGAUACGGGCAGGGGUCAAGUCCUUGUACAAAAGUGUGGAAACUCACCCAAUAUUUACACUUUGAGGGGUACUCCCUUGGAAAACAU